AUGAGGAUGUUUCCCGUGGCCUUGCUGGCCGUGGUGCUUGGCUCAUGGCACCAAGAAGAAGCCGAAGCCUUCAAUCUUCCCUCACGGAGAGCCGAGAUGACAAUGGUGAUGGACAAGUUUCCAAAUCCCUUUGCACGAGACACCAGCAGCGCAGAGCCUUCCAAACCCUUCAACCCAGUUGUCUCCCCCUCGGAUAUUUCCGAGUUGGACGAACUGGAAGAUCUUACCAGCCCCGAAAGUCUCAUUGCCAGGACCAAAGUUGCAUUGGCAUCGGACUUGGCAAUCCUCAAUGGAAACUUGCUGGCAAAUGACUUUGUUUGCAUUGGUCCUUAUCUCGAUCAACCUCUGAACAAGGUAGAUUAUCUAGCAGCUGGGCGAUUCUUUGAUCUUCGAUCUACCUUUCCCGACCUGGACUAUCGGGCUCAUGAUUAUCGGAUUGAUAGAGCCGAUCCAUUGACGGUGCGAGUGACUUGUCGAAUGGUGGGAACCAUGAGAGGAGAGUUGCGAUUGAGAGAUCAAGUUUUGCCUCCCAAUGGUCAAACCAUGAGGUGCCCACCCGAGGCUGUCAGUCUUACGUUUGACCCAGACUCGGGAAAAAUUACAAAGCUAUGUACCGGAUUUUCCAUGGAUCGGCUGGUUGGGAAUACGGGAGGAUUGUGUGGUGUCAUGGCAGCAGCGACAGUGGCAGGAGAAGGUCCCUCGGAAUUUGAAAUCUAUCCUCCUUUGACUGUGGCGCAACGCUUCUUUGGAAGGCCAGUAGCACAAAUUGGAGAAUCCACCAGUUUCCUUGCUCCAUUUCCUGAAACUGUAAUGGUCCAACUGGCAAAGGGAAUCUUGUCCUCCAAUUUGGGAGCUUCGGACCCUUCUCUGUUGGCAAAAAAGUUUACCUUCAUGACACCAACCAAAGGGCCCAUUGAAAAGCAAAAAUUCUUGGAGGAGUUUGCCGUGAAAGAGUUUGAAGGCGUUGAACCAGAACUCUCUCAUUUCCGUGUUGAUCCUUAUGACCCUAAUCGAGUUUGGGUCGAUAUCAGACCACUAGCUCCAGGGUUCGAAGGGCCACCCCAAGCACUGUCCUUUACAUUUGACGAUGAUGGUUUCUGUUCCAGGGUUACCUCGGGUUAUGUCAUGGAUCCAACACUCGGUAAUGCUGGGGGUCUGGGAGGGCCAGAAGGGUACAAGUAUGCUAUGGGAGAAGCGUCUCCUGACUUCCUCACUCGACCGAUUCCGCGAGCUGUGGGAAGACUGCAGAAGACAAUUCUUGCACCCAUUACAGGUAGUGGAGCAGACGACUACAAACCCUCUGAAAUUCCAAAGCCGUUUUCUCGUCCUCUCGGUGACGAAGUCACACCCCCGCCAAUAGAGACACUGUCGUCUAUUAAGGCCCAACAACCCGUGAAAGCAGCGGUGAAACCGGCACAGCCACCCAAACCCAAGACACCAGCUCCCAAGAUAUCGGUUCGAAAGGUCCCAACCUUGUCCAUUCCAAAGCCAGCAACACCACCACCAAAGAAACCACAACCCGCUGCGAAGAAACCAGCGCCGUCCAGGCCAGCUGCGAAGAAACCAGCACCCGUGAAAAAGUCUGCAUCGUUCACCAUUCCAAAGAUGCCAACCUUUCCGUUGUCGUCGCCAGCAACCUCAAAUGCACCAAAGAAGGCUGCUCCACCAAAGAAGACCCCCGCGAAGAAGACCCCCGCGAAGAAGCCGCCACCUACAAAGGUUGCCGCGCCUACAUUCAAAAUGCCUACACUUAGCAUCCCAGGACCUGCUGCACCAAAGAGCACCACCAAACCGGCAUCAAACGCAGCCGAAGCGAAGAAGAAGGCUGAUGCAGCUAGGGCAAAACAACUAGAGGAGGCGCGAAAGGCAAAAGCGGAGGCCGAUGCUCGAAAGGCAGAGGCUGCAGCCAGAAAAAAGGCUGCGGAGGAUGAGUAUCGCAAACAACAGCUGAAAUUGAAGGCAGGGCAAGACAAGAAACUAGCGGAGCAAAGGGCUGAGCAAGAAAAGAGGCGUGCAGAAUUCAAGGCAGAACAAGAGAGAAAGGCUGCAGAGAAGAAGGCGGAACAGGAGAGAGUGCAAGCGGAAAUGAAGCAAAGACAACAAGAAGCCAGACAGACAGCCCUUGAGAACGAACGGCAAAGGGCAGCCGCUGCAGCUGAGAAGAGGGAACAAGCUAAGCAAGAAUUGGAAGACAAGCGUCAAGCCGAGGCAGCAGCGAGACAACAGGCUCUAGAGGAAGCACGUCGACAACAAGAAGAAGCCAAACAGGCGGCAGCGGAUAGUAAGAGGUCGGUAGCAGAACAGAAAGUUGACGCUCGCCGUCUUGCUGAAGAAGCUGGAAGAGCAAAGGUGGAGAAGUUGAAGCAAGAAGCAGAGGCAAAGCGACUGGCGCAGGCAGAGGAGCGACGCCAGAAAGAAGAGGCCAGGAAGGCAGAGCUUGAAAGGAAGAGGCAAGAAGCAGUGGCAAAGAAACAAGCGGCCGCACAGGAAGCGCAAAAGAAGAGGGCCUCAGCGGCCGUUUCCAAAGCUGAAAAGGCCAAGCCUGGAGCAUCCAUCAGCCUGUUCGGUCUUGAAUUUGGUGGAGAGACUGCACCAAAACCUUCACCGACACCCAAAGCCACCGCCAAAACUCCUCCUCCUCCAAGGCCCACAAUCAGCCUCUUUGGAAGUGCACCAGCUCCCAAACCAACUCCUGCUGCGAGGGCAACAAAGGCAGUCAAAGCAGCAGAGAAAGCAAAGCCAGGAGCCAGUAUUAGUCUCUUUGGUUUUGGUGGUGCCCCGGCACCUAAACCAGCUCCCAAACCAGCUCCUGCUGCCAGGGCAACAAAGGCCGUCAAGGCAGCAGAGAAAGCAAAGCCAGGAGCCAGUAUUAGUCUCUUUGGUUUUGGUGGUGGACCUAAACCAGCAUCUAAACCAGCAGCCAAGCCAGCACCCAAGCCAGCUCCUCCUGCCAGGGCAACAAAGGCUGUCAAGGCAGCAGAGAAAGCCAAGCCGGGAGCCAGCAUUAGUCUCUUUGGUCUUGGAGGUGGUUCCCCCACACCAACGCCGGCCCCGAAACCUGCCGCAAAGGCGAAAAUGGCAGCAUCCGCAGUCAAUGCGGCAGAGAAAGCAAAACCUGGAGCCAGCAUCAGUCUGUUUGGCCUCGGAGGAGAACCAAAACCCAAGGCUGCUCCCAAAGCCACCAAACCGGUUGUCAAGAAAGUAGCACCCAAGAAGGUGGUUGCCAAGAAGGUUGCUCCAGCCAAGAAAGUUGCUCCAGCGAAGAAGACAGCACCUGCCGGAGUACCCACUCUCUCUGGAUGGAAGAAGAAUGGAGACAAAUCCGUAUCUGGCUCCAUUCGAGGCUCCAAAAACUUUCGCAACGGAGAACGAGUCACUACAAGUCCCAUUGCAUCCGGUACCAUUGCACCCGGCAAUGUUGUCAAGACUGCCAGCGGUUCGAGGUACUUCUUAAGCUGAGGAAAGAAGGAAGGAAGACAACGGACUGUUUAGCCUGGGAAGGCAUCGAGACAAGCAGCAAGGCACUAAGCUAUUUUUCAUUUGCAAAAGUCUCUUAUUAAAAGAUUCUAGUACUGUACUGAUUGAGUGUUGU